ACAAUGAUUUACAACAAAAUAGAAUGGAUGCACAGAGCGCUAAUGGUAUUCUGCAAAGAGUUCGAAGAACUUUAUGGCCGACAUUCUGUCCGGCGACGAAAAAGCUGGAAUUUCGUUUGAGCUUCUUCAUAUUACCUUUCUUUUAUUGUGAUGGCUCUGGUAGUGAACAAACCACAUCUGCACCAGCAGCAACUACCGAAUUUUCAGGAGGAGGAGAAGCAACUACAGCAGGGGGAGGAGCGACUACAGCAGGAGGAGGAGGAGGAGCGACUACAGCAGGAGGAGGAGAAGCAACUACAGCAGGAGGAGGAGGAGAAUCGACUACAGCUGGUGGAGGAGGAAGUACUACAGGAGCAUAGACUAGCAUUGCUGUAUGCAACACAAAUUCUGCUAGUAAUCAAAAUAACAAAUUUACUUCUUCUCGUACAUUUCAAAGUAAACGACGCUUGGAAGAAAAUAUGAAAUGUAAAAUGUGUCAUAUUUGGAUACGUUUAAAUCUCAUGUUCAGAA